CAGCGCGCCACACCACGAGGCAUUUACGUUUCUAGCUACCAGUCAACGUCGACCAGACGACCAUUGAAAACAACGGUAUCAGCCUUUGUCUAUAUCAAGCCUACUGAAGGCACAAGUUAUACCUCUUCUUCAUUCAGCAAUCAGUGCAUUGGCGUGACUAACGCUGGACUCAUCCGUGGUGGUUACCACUUUGCUCACCCUGACUUGUCCAGUGGUGCCACCCAGGCUAAUUACUUUCUCGCUCACGGUGGUGGCUGGUCUGCUGACGAUAUCACUCCUCCUGGUGCACUCGAUAUCGAACACAAUCCCAGCGACAACGAAUGCUAUGGCUAUACCGCGUCCUCGAUGGUAUCCUGGAUAAAAUCCUUCUGA